GAGCGCGGCGCGUCUUGCGGCCAGUCAGCCGGCGGGGCCGUGAGCGGUACGGUCGGGGAGCUGUCCGCCUUCCCUUCGCUUCCCCUCCUCUUUUUUUGUGCCGGGGACGGAGCGAUGUGACUGACCCGCCGAGCUCGUCGGGUGUCCGCGUUCGCGGGGUUUCCUUUCCUUUUUUUUAAUUUUGCGCUUCUCCGAGUUGCGCUCAGAGUACUCCAAGUUACCUCGGGACCAUUUAACCUACACGUUUUAAAACUGUUAAAUUUUUACUGUAGGGUUUAUGUUUUAUUUUAUCUUCCCACUCCCUGUCUAACUGACCCACGUUAGGUGGCUGGAACUGCUGAGGUACCCCCCCCCCCCCAACCACUUCGCCACCCUCCAACCCCUAUUACAGCAUGGUCAUGGCGGACUGUCACCUAAAGCCAGCGCACCGGGGUCCGGUCCGAGUGGGUUUUUACGAUAUCGAGCGCACUUUAGGAAAAGGCAAUUUUGCCGUGGUGAAGUUGGCGAGACACCGCAUCACCAAGACCGAGGUGGCCAUCAAGAUCAUUGACAAGACGCAGCUGGACGCAGUCAACCUGGAGAAGAUCUACAGGGAGGUGAAGAUCAUGAAGAUGCUGGACCACCCACAUAUUAUCAAGCUGUACCAGGUCAUGGAGACGAAGAACAUGCUGUACCUGGUGACCGAGUACGCCAAAAACGGGGAGAUUUUCGACUACCUGGCAGGCCACGGGCGGCUGAGCGAGGCCGACGCACGGCGCAAGUUCUGGCAAAUCCUGUCCGCUGUGGAGUACUGCCACAACCGCCACAUCGUCCACCGUGACCUGAAGGCAGAGAACCUGCUGUUGGAUGGACAUAUGAACAUCAAGAUCGCAGAUUUUGGGUUUGGCAACUUCUUUCAACCGGGGGAGCCUCUGGCCACAUGGUGUGGCAGCCCCCCCUACGCCGCCCCAGAGGUCUUCGAGGGCCAGCAGUACGAAGGCCCCCAGCUGGAUAUCUGGAGCAUGGGUGUGGUCCUCUACGUUCUGGUGUGUGGCGCCCUCCCGUUCGAUGGACCCACGCUGCCCGUGCUACGUCAGCGUGUGCUGGAGGGCCGCUUCCGGAUCCCCUACUUCAUGAGCGAAGACUGCGAGCACCUGAUUCGCCGCAUGCUUGUGUUGGACCCGUCCAAGAGGCUGUCAGUGGCGCAGAUCAAGGAGCACCGCUGGAUGGCGCUGGAGGUGCCCAUGCGGCGCCCCCUGCUGUACCAGCAGGGUUCUGCGGCUGGGGAGGGCAGCGGCGAGGCUGGCGUGGGCGAGUACAGUGAGCAGGUGCUACGGCUCAUGCACAGCCUAGGCAUUGACCAGCACAAGACCAUCGAGUCCCUGCAGAGCAAGAGCUACAACCACUUUGCAGCUAUCUACUACCUGCUGGUGGAGAGGCUGAAGGCUCACCGCUGUAGCUUCCCCGUGGAGCAGCGGCUCGACGGCCGGCAGCGCCGCCCCAGCACCGUCGCCGAGCAGACAGUCGUCAAGCAGGCAAGCAGUGGCCCCCCACAGGUGGGGCUCCUUCCACAGAACAUGAGGCUCCUGCGUUCUCCGGUUCUCCUCCCAGCCUCCACCGACGCCUUCACCUUCCCACAAUCCCCCUGCCCACCUGAGCACAGCCUCAUGGAAGAGGAGGUUGGCACGCCCAAGGUCAACGGCUGCCUGCUGGAUCCGCUGCCCCCCAUGGGAAUGCGCAAGGCCAGCGGCUCGCUGCCCAGCAACAUGAUGGAGACAUCCAUUGAUGAGGGCAUCGAGACGGAGGAGCCAGACACUGAGGACGACCCCGUGCAUGUCCUCACCGCGCUGCAGGCAUCCCGCUUUGGCCAGCGCCGGCACACGCUCUCUGAGGUCUCCAACCAGCCUGGCGCAGCGCCCCCUACAGGGAAGCUCUUCAGCCUGGCCCACAACCCAUCGCUGGGUAGCAUGGACUCGGAGUACGAUAUGGGCUCUGUGCUCAGCAACCACAGCCUGUUGGAGGACACCAGCUUGCUAAGUGAGGCGGUCCCUGUGGGCCGCGUGACUCCACCCUUCGUGGGAGCACGACCCGCCAACCCCGCCAUGCUGGCCCUGAGCUCCCAGUACCGGGAGACGCACAACCACUCACCCGUCAGCUUCCGAGAGGGUCGGCGCGCCUCUGACACCUCCCUCACUCAAGGCCUGGUCGCCUUCAGGCAGCAUUUGCAGAACCUCGCCCGUACCAAGGGCAUCCUGGAGCUGAACAAGGUGCAGAUGCUGUACGGUCAGAUGGGCCCAGAAGAGGAGCUGUCACUGGGGCCUGCUGGAGCCUACCCCCAUCUGCAAGACCUUCUGGAUCCCCAGCAGCAGGACGGAGUGGCCAGGCUCCCCGGUGGAGCCCAGCCCCCUUUGCUGUCCCGGCGACAGAGCCUGGAGACACACUAUCUUGCACACAGACUGCAGAAUAUCGGCCCCUUGGCCAGCAGCCCUGGGAGCUGCCAGAUGUUCUGCAAGGAGGCCCCGCGGAGUCUGGAGCAGCAGCUGCAGGAGCACAGAUUAUACCAGAAGAGGCUCCACCUUCAGAAGCAGUCCCAGCUGCAGACCUAUUUCAACAAAAUGCACAUUGUGGAGGGCUCCUACCCUCCACGUCCCUCGAUGGGCCACCUGGAAGCUGCAGCUCCUGGCCAGUCACAGGGAAUGCCCCCCCUGGGGCAGUCGCAAAGCGGCCCACAAGCUUCUCCCCCCUUCGCCUGUGCGCAUCCCCUCAGUCCCUUAAUGGAACCCAGCGCUGAGGCCCAGCCCUACAACCCCUUCCUGGGCCCCUACCUAGACCUGGGUCCCAUCCCACUGCCCACGCAGCUCCCCGAGCCCCCAAACUUCAGCUGUCUGGUCUCUCAAGAGCCACACCACCAGGAACAGCACCAGUACCCCCUGGACCCGGGCCAGCCUCCGCCACCAUCGAGUCAGCUCGAGGGCUGCACUGUGGGGUACGAGAGCCUGGCUUUGCCCGAGCUCGACAACCCGUUCCUGGACUGCGAGAUGAUGGAGACGGUGGAUCCGCAGCACGGCUUUGUGCUGGUGAACUAAGCCGUAACACCUGCAAGGAAUGGUAUUACCAAACACCAAUGGUAUUACCAAACACUGGAAAUGCCAAGGCUGUGUGAAAGGCGUGGGGUUUAAGGUGCGGUGGGAGGUGAGACUUGACCACACAAAUGGAAUGAUAGUCAGAAUAUUGACUUUUCUACUUUGUACAUUUUAAACCUCAGAGGCUCUACCGAAUCCUCCCUACCUCCCUCUCACAUAAGCUACCAUCUCCCACAAGGUGCAGCCGAGUGGCUGGGCCGGUGUGCUCCUGUGGUCAGCGUACGUGUGCGUUUGCCCGUGCGUGACGUCACACAGAGGAGCCUCAGGCAGCCGGAGUGCUGACCGUGCCCUCCAAAGUGAGGAUCUGCUGACUGUGAAGGCAGCUUGGGGUUGGUGUUAGAUGACCACUUUCCCGUAAGAGCACAAAUUUUAUAUGAGAAUAGGAAGAAGUCUUGGCUUGCAUGGGCCGGAGGUGUGAAACGGCAGUGACCAUGCAUGCCUCGGGUCUUUUUGUGAGUAAUUUUGAAGCAAUAUUUUCAUGUGAAGUGGGAAAGGAGCCUUAAGCUUUCACAGGUGUCCUCCUUCACGGGCAGGCGUGACUCUUGGUCAUGUGACACUGGAAUCGGAUGACUCAAAGGCUCACCAGUCUUUCUCACCACAAGUUAAAAAAGAACUCGGUGUCUCUGAGAAGUAGGCCUGCAAAAAAAAAAAUCAACUGGCUAAGGAAAAAGGUGAUUUAUUCUUUAAGGAAAAAAAAAAUAUAUAUAUAUAUAUAUAUCUUACAAAAUGUAUGCAAGCGUUUGCAGCGUACAUACCAGAGCUGAGAUUUGGCUUAAAGCACUUUUUUCAAAGGAAGAAAUAGAUGAAAGGGAGGAAAGAAAAUCUAAUUGGGGGUGAGUUAAGAAGGCAGCCGUUUAUGACUUUCAGUGAAAUUAAAAAGCCGAAACCUGGAACUGGUUUGCAUCACUAUAGCUCUGGACUCCAAUUCCCAUGACCCCUCUGUCCAACAGACGGCUUUUGUAUCCCCCCACCAAGAACUGAGAAACAGUCAUUUGUAGGUGUUCAAGAAAAAAAAGCAGACAAGGAACCACAGGUCCCUCAUCCUAAGUGGGAGUUCAGUUAUGUGUUGGUGGUUUGUUGUUUUGCGCUACCGUAGAAUUUAGGGGUUAGAUUAUUAAGACCCAGAAAUCUGCUUAGAAGAAACAACAGAUGGUGUGUCCAGUGUGAUAGUGCUGUGCCUUUUCCCUCUUUUUGAUUUAGAAAUGAAUACUUGAUUUUUUUUUUCCUUUCUGGAAAUUGUUCUUAAGGAAGGUACAAAACAACCCCCCCCCAUCAGAAGUUCUGUCUGAACCCCACUGUGUGGAGUUAUGGACUAGCCCCUCCUUUUUUGACAGUGCUAUUUUGGUCUAUCAGUAUAUGCCAUUAAAAAGUAUUAUAGCAAUAUUUAUAAACAAUGACUAUGAUGAAAGUACGGAUAGUGAAUGUGUUCUUUGUCUGUGUCAUUUCAUUUCAUGUAUGCAGGAAAACCUGGCGUCUAUUUGGAAAUACAGACUUCAGCGUUUUAUCUUCGUUGUUGACCACACAUAAGCUAACUUGCUGUUGAGAUUAAAAAAAAGUUAUAUGACCGCG